AUGGCAGAUUCCGAUGAUUCCAAGUCCGUCCUGCCCGGCAUCCCGGGUUACGACCCUGACAACCUGCAGCCAUGGACUCUCGCUACCGUCGUGUCGGUCACGGUUCUUUCCACCGUCUCAGUCCUCCUGCGCCUCUGGGCUCGAUAUAUCAAGGCCCAAAAGCUGUGGUGGGAUGAUUGGAUGAUUGUAUUUUCUCAGUUAUGGAACUUUGUCACGGUUGGCUUCAUCUUUGCCAUGUAUUCGGCCGGCAUGGGCAUUCACGCCGACAAAGUGCCCAUGGAAAAGAUUGUCCUCAUGGCCAAGUUCCUCGUCGUCGCCGAGAUUUUAUACGCCUUCAACCUCGUCUUCACCAAGAUGGCCAUUCUCUUCAUGUACUACCGCAUCUUUCGCUUCCCUUUCUUCAAGAAGAUGGCCUGGGGCAUCAGCGCCUUCAUUAUUGCCUGGGUCAUCACCAUCACCUUCCUCUUCAUCUUCAUCUGCGUUCCUGUCGAAAAGCUGUGGUAUCCGCACCUGCCAGGCCGCUGCAUCAACCAGGUUGGGACGUGGAUCGCCAACGCCAUCUCCACCAUCGUGUCUGACAUUGCCAUUCUCGUGCUGCCUAUCCCUCAGGUGUGGAAGCUGCAGCUGCGGCAGUCUGAAAAGAUUGGUGUGACGGUGGCUUUCUGCUUGGGUUUCUUCGUCGUUUUUGCCUCGGCGUACCGAACCACGGUGCUUUUCACCUACACCAACGACGACCCAUCGUACUCCCUCGCACCGACUGUCGGCUGGACCGCCAUCGAAAUGUCUGCAGGCAUCAUCUCGGCAAACCUGCCCACCCUCGCCCCCAUCAUGAGCCUGAUCUUGACAAGGAUGGGCAUCUCGGGAUCCCUCAUCACAGGCGGCAGCGGCAGCGGAAGCAAGAACGGCUUUUCCUCCAAGAACAACUUCGGCGGCACUGGUGGAGGCAACAUGAAGUCGACGGGGUCAGUCAGCGACCGGACUGAGUCUGGUGGCGAGCUGCGAAAAGACGGCGACAGAGCCUUUUACCGUCUGCCCGACGACUCAAAUAUCAGCGAGACGGCACUCGAUACUGGAAGGACGGCGACGCUCACCCGCGACGAUACUGGGUUGCGGCCGGAUCAUGGCUAUGCUUAUACGGUAACGAGCCGACCAGGGAAACAGGGGGACAGUGAGAGCAUGAGUGGAGACGAGGUUCCCUUGAAGGGAAUCAGGGUGCACACGGACUUCAAGCAGUCAGCAGACUAA